UCUUCUUCUUCUUCUUCUUCUUCUUCUUCUUCUUCUUCUUCUUCUCCUCCCGGUUCCUUCUGCCGUCGCCGCCUGGACGUUGCCUUGUCAUGUCAAGAUGGAAGGCAGGAGCGACUGGCUCGCCUCGUCGUCCCGCCACGAGGGCUUCGAGCAGAUGAGGCUGAAGAGCCGACCCCGCGAGCCGUCGCCCAGCCUCACCCGGGUGGGCUCCAACUUCUACAGCUCCGUCAAGCAGCAGGACUACAGUGCCAGCGUCUGGCUGAGGAGGAAAGACAAAUUGGAGCAUUCCCAGCAAAAAUGCAUUGUGAUCUUUGCACUGGUUUGCUGCUUUGCAAUUCUCGUUGCACUGAUAUUUUCAGCUGUGGAUAUUGUUGGAGAAGAUGAGGAUGGUCUUUCAGAAAAGAACUGUCGAAAUAACUGUCGGGUUGCUCUUGUGGAAAAUAUUCCUGAAGGCAUAAACUAUUCAGACAGUGCACCGGCCCAUUUGUCUCUUUUCCAAGGCUGGAUGAAUUUACUUAAUAUGGCUAAAAAGUCUGUUGACAUAGUAUCUUCCCAAUGGGACCUCAGUCACAGUCAUCCAUCUGCAUUCCAGGGGCAGCAUCUGUUUGAGAAGUUGCAAGACCUGCUGUCUCAAAAUGUAGAGAUCAAACUAGUGAGUGAUAUUCUUCACAAGGAAUCCAAAUUAUUAAAUGACCUGAAAAACAAGGGUGCUGAAGUGAUUUUUAUAAACAUGACGGCUUACAAUGAUGGCCAUCUGCAGACAUCAUUCUGGAUUGUGGAUAGGCAGCAUGUUUACAUUGGAAGUGCCAGUUUAGAAUGGAAGUCACUGUGGCAGAUGAAAGAGCUUGGAGUCAUUGUAUACAACUGCAGCUGCCUGGUGUUAGAUUUACAAAAGAUAUUUGCCUUGUACAGCUCACUAAAAUCCAAGAGCAAAAUCCCACCUCUUUGGUCUAAGAGACUGUAUGCAGUAUAUGGCACUGAAAAUAAACUGGCCCUUGAGUUGAAUGAAACCAAAUCAGAAGUCUUUGUUUCGAAUUCUCCCAAACUCCUAUGCCCUAAGGACAGGGUUUUGGAUGUUGAUGCUAUCUAUAGUGUUGUUGAUAAUGCACAGCAAUUUGUGUACAUAGCUGUUAUGGAUUAUCUGCCUAUUAUCAACAUCACAAAUCAAACAAGGUAUUGGCCAUAUUUGGAUGGAAAGAUAAGAGAAGCUCUGAUUUUACGCAAUAUUAAAGUACGACUCCUCAUAAGUUUAUCAAAAGACACAAAUCCACUCACAUUUAACUUUGUUUCAUCUCUUAAAGCAAUUUGCACCGAAGUUUCUGGCUGUAGGUUAAAAGUUAAAUUCUUUGACCUUGAAGAAGAAAGUGCUUGUUAUUUUAAGGAACAGAAAAACUCUUCCCUUCCUAAACUAAAUCGCAACAAAUAUGUGGUGACUGACACAGCAGCUUAUAUUGGUAAUUUUGACUGGGUUGGGACCUAUUUUAAUCGUAAUGCUGGAGCUGGCCUUGUCAUCAACCAAACAGACACAGGAAACAAGACCAGCAUCAUCAAGCAACUGAAAGCUGUGUUUGAAAGGGAUUGGUAUUCAAAUUAUGCUAAAAGUUCGACCACAAAAAUUCCAAACUGUUUAAGCUUCAAACAUAACAAAGCAGCAGCAAAUAAGACUGCCCAAAGCAAUGUGAAUUGAAGCCUGUUCUGCUGUUCACUGCAACUAAUGGAGAAAUAGAAUGGGACUGAUACUGAUCUCCCCUUUCAUAUUUACAGACAAUAGACUUUUUAAACAAAGCAAAAGAAAAUUUAUAGGAAAAAGCACACUUAUAUAAAAUGUUCUUUAAACUAUAUUCUCUAUACUGAAUUAUUUACAAAUAUUAGAUUUGUUACUGCUGAAACUGAAUGUCAUUUCUGCUUUAUUGUUGGUUUGGAGGUAUCACAUUUAAAUUUAAAAGCAUGCUUUGAUACUUUGGUUUUAGAAUUAUUCCUACCUCUCUUUUCUGAUUAGCAUAAACAAGGCAAGUUUGAUUACUAAACAAAAUUCUUAGAUUGGUUGAUAUUAAAGUACAGAUUUUACCCGAAGGAAAAGAUACAGGUAUAAGCAAGGUUUUUAUGAUAUAUCUCCAUUAUGUGACCAUCCUGAAGCAAUUUUUUUGUUUCAGCAUUAUUGACCUGAUUUAUCCCACUAUGCCCAGUCCAAAUGUAUUAAAAUUUAUCUAUUUUCUUGCUUUGCUCCAGUCAUGAUGCAAAGGGCACAAGUGAAUCAACUUUAACUGUUCAGUCAAUGGGAUACUAGUCCAACUAACUCUGAUUUCUGACAAAUAUUUUAUUAUGAUUCUCUUGCUUCAUCACUGUAAGUAGGUAUGUUAAAAAUAUUUUUGUUUUGUUUUAUUUUUUUACAUUGGGCAGCAAUAGUGUAUAUGUAAUUUUCUUCUUCAAAGUAGCAUAUUUGUCAAUUUGGGGGUAAUGAUUACCAUUCGACUAAAGUAAACAUGUAACUUUGUUUCUGUAGAACUAAUAUGUACCAGCAUUCCUUUGGUUCCCCUGCUUUGUUUUUCAUGAAAUAGGGCAUUACCCAGCAUAAGCACAGAGCCCAUGCAUGGAGGCUUCCCAAAGGUCUUGAUAGAGUCCUGUUUCCUGCCCUCUCUGCCUACCCUGGCAGUGCAACAGAUCAUAACGGAGAAAAUGAGACAUUUGAGCAUGUCUCCAUUCUCCCUGUUACUUCUGCUCUCUCUGCCUAUUGCAAAUUGCUUAUGUUUGGAGCAUGAAUAAUUCGCAUGGUGCGGAUGAUGGAUUGCUGGACAGAGAUAUGAGAAACGUGCACAGACCUCCAUUUCUCCUAGUGUCAAGCUGUCUUUGUACAUACUCAUCUGCAUACAUAGGUAGCUGGUAGAAGGUUGUUGCAAUCAUAGUGCAAAUGGACCGUGCUCAUGAAGUUUUGACGCACAUCUGAAAUUGCAGCUUUUGUAAUGGGAUACUGAUUGAAAUCAAUUUAAUUAAACAGAUUUUGCCUACAGCUACUGGAGAUUUUGUUAGCAAAGAAGCGUUGUGGAUUCGCCCAUAAAAUGGCGACCCCAGUGUGAGAUGUUUCACUAUUUAAAAAGUCCUCAUUUUACCAUUUAGGUUACCUUGGGGAGGGGGUCCAAAUGAUUACAGUUUUAUUUUCUUCCAGGUAAAUGGAAGAACUUAGACUCAAGUUCUAGGCAUCAUUUUGGUUUAAUUUACCAACCUUUCUUUCUUUACUUUUUUUACAAUUUCUACCACAACAAUAAAAUGAAUUCUAUUUUUCCCUUUAAAGAACAGAUUUAUUUCCUAAUAUUCAAUGCCAUCAAUGAUGCCAUUAAUAAGUAGCAGUUUGUAAUAUAUCACAAUUUUACCUAUAGAAUUUCUGAUUCUAAGAAUCCAGUUUAAUUUUGAAAUCAUAGAUUGUGUCAAUCCUGACAAGAUAUUAAAAUCUCUGUCUAUCUAUACAUACAUCUGUUCACUUCUAGCACUGAAAUGCAUAGCUUACAAUGUAGAUGCUAAUCCAUGGUAAUCAUUUUAGCACAAUUUAUCAGAGCAGAUUCCCACUACAAAAGUUGGACCAAAAUUAAUCUGUGUGACUCUCUCAUCAAGUAUCAGCUAGUGCCAGCAAGUCCAAAUGCGCAAUGUUCUUAUUGUAGGGAAAAAAUAUGAGUCAUUAUGACCUACGUGUGGGGUAAAUAACAAAAGAAUCAGCCGCACGCCUGGAUUCAAAAUGCAGGGCUAAUCUCACUUUCCAGCAGAAGAGAGCUCCCAGCAGCAGAGUUUGAAUUCACAAAAGUCAAGCAACGGUAUAGCGUUAGUAAUAUAGGUGGUUGGACCCUUUUAUCACAUUUAGUCCACUUGCAAACAGCACUCCACUCUUUUUACUCCCCUUGCAAUGACCACACACUGUUAAGUAACUUUAAAAUUCUUUACUUACAAAAGUUCCAAGGGUCAGAUUUAUGUAUUUAUCCAAGCAGCAGCAAGUGCAACAUAGGCAGAAUACUCUUUGGUACAAAAUACAGAAAGAUAGCUUCAAACAUGUGUUCUAAGCUUGGAGCUUGCUCAGGCAUGUCUUCCUUGGUCAGUUACAUGGCAUAAGGGAGAGGGAACAGAGAUGGCUUCACUUUCUUCCUAAUCAAAGAAGGUGUGUGACCUAGCUGAGUCUAAUAAUCCAGCUCUAUGUCUUAACCCACUCAUGCAUAGUUACAUUUGACUGCAAUUUCCCACACUUAUGCCAAUGGUUCCAGGCCAAGGUUGGCAGUGUUUCAGCUGUGCAUUUGGGUGGUUUGUUUAGUGUUUUUCAUAGUUUAUCUACUUGAAUGGUGUUUGCUAAAUGGCUUUAUCAAUAGUAAUGCUGCCGUGAGACUAACAGGCAUAAACACACCCAAGUGUAAUAAUUGUAAGCUACAAUCCUAAAAGCAAUUAUACAUGUCUGUGCACCAUCAAUUUUUAAGGAAUCUGUAUGUGUGUAGGACUGCAGCCACAUACAAAUCUCUGGGCACUUAAAUGCACAAUGAACCUCUGGUGCAUUCAGUUAUCCACAUUCAUAUCAGCAGGACCAACUGCAUUGUGUACACAUUCAUUUUCAAUGAACACAGAAACCAGGCAGAGCUCUCAAGUGCUGAGCAGAAUGCUGGAUGUGAGGAACAGUGCUAGAAUUGUAGCAACUCCAGUGUAAUAAAGGUUUUGUUGAUACAGCAUGUUGUCCAAACCACAGAGCAUCCUUGGCAGUAAGAAAUAAUAGGGAAGUGAAAAUAUACUUGAUUUCAAAGACAGUCAACAAACCAUCAGUAAUUAAAGAUGACCUUAGAUGAAAAGUCAUGAUCACAAUCCUGCUCACUGUUUUCUAGUAUAUAAAAGGCUGCAUGAUAUGACUUGAGACUACUGGUGGGGUUUUGCAUUAAUGAUCUUGCAAGCAGAAUCCCAUCAAUGCACUCCCACCCAAGCCUUCUAAUUGCUGGUGUGUUCUGUCAUAUUGCAAUACUGAUUUCCAAAAAAAAUCCGCUUUAUUCUUAAAUCAAUAUAAGCUAUAACUGUUGCUUGCUAGAAAUGCAUGCCUUCCAACAUGUCGCAAUGGAAAACCAGAACGCCAACUUCCGGGGCUGCAGUUGUAACAUGAGUCUUGUGACUCGCAUGAGACCACAGCCCUGAAAAAAAAGCUGGGGGGGGGGCAGGAUCGCAGCAGCCAAAAUGUGACUCCAUUUUUAACAUGCUUGGAGAUCAAUGUAUGGUGCCAAUAUAAAUAGCUUUAUGUCAGGGUUUGUGUGCCUCUAGCUCCAAUGUCUUCCCCAUAUAAUCUGCAGUAAUGCAAGCUGAAUAGCUGCAAUGUGCUGUGCGUGGGGACUACCUUUAGAGAGUCAUCAGAAAUAUCACUUGGGGCCCAGAACGCUGCAACAAGGAUGUUAGUGGGUGCUUGCCAUGGGAUGAUGAUAACUCCUGUACCGAUGCAGCCACACUAACUGCUGAUUCAUUUCCAGGCACAAUUCAAAGUGUUGGUGAUGACCUUUAAAGCUCUAAAUGGCUUGGAUACAGGGUUCCCGAGGGACUGUUUCCUUGCAUUUAAGCAUGCCUGCUCCUUGACUGGAGAGGUAUUUUCCAUUCCCAUCUGUUGCUGAGACAUAAUUGGUAAGGCCUUAUUGGUGAGCGUGCCCAGAUGAGAAAUAACUUACCCAAUGAGACCUCCCUUACUGUUUUCCACUGACUGGCUAAAACAGCAGGCAUUUGUUCUGGUAGGCAGCUGUAUUUUGAUAUAGAUCUAACAAUUUCUUGUUUCCUGCUAUCAUUAAUCAAAACACUUGUCCACUCUUGGGAACAGCUGCUUCCUGCCAUGUUUGGUGUAUUUAUAAUACAACUAUUUUGGGUUGUAUUGAGAAUGAAUAAAAAAAUGGGAAUAGAUAACACAUAAUUUUGCAUUAAGACUGCAACCUUAUGCAAACUUACCUGCAAGUAAGCACCAUUUCAUUGAGUGGUACUUUCUAUUGAGUAGAAAUGUACAGGAUUGCACUGCGAAGCUUAUAAUUAUGGUUUCUAAGCAUGCAAUAGUAUUGAUGUACGACUGCAUUUAUCUUCAAAGAUUAUUGUACUUUUACAACUCGAUCUGACAGUUCUGAAGCACUGAACAGAUCAAUAAUUUUGUUGGCUUCUCUUCUUUCCUAAAACUUUAAUCAUUCCCACUGCUUUCCUUUGGAUUAUUUCCACUUUUUAAAGCAUCUGUCUUCUAAUAUGGAGCCUAAUAUGGAGAAGGUGUUUCUCCAAGCAGUAUCUUACAUGUGCCAAACAAGUAGAAGGAGACUAUUAAUUCCUUUGUCUUGAAUCCGAUUCUUUUGGCAUUGCAACCCAAAAACUGUGCUUAUAUUUUGUUCCAUAGCAUCAUGCUGAUUAAUGUUUAGUUCAUCUGCUGUGACGCCUUAAAUCCUCAGCAGAGCUAAUAUGCAGCUAGAUAUAAUUACAAAAAUCAUUAAGUGGCCAUGUUCAUCCAUUAGAAAAAUCCACAUGCCACAGGUGGACAAUACCUUUAUCUGGACCAACUAAAUUUCACAAAAUACUGUGCAUAAUGCAAAAUACUGUCUUUUAGUGCUCCAGAACGCUCAUUCGGGCUGUAUGUUAAAUAAGUAGAGGAAAAACUGGGCAUGAUGUUGGAAUGCAAAAGUCUGUCGUUCUUUACAGACUUUGCAAGUUUGUAAGAUAACAUGGGAGGUGUUGCUUACACUGAAUUAGGUUAGUCUCAAUUAGGUACAAAACCUAGUAGAUUUCAGGUUGCACAAGGACUGCUGUUCUCACUACUUCUGUCUUCAACCAAACAGCACAGUAAUUCCUUUCUAAAUUUGUGGAUGUGUUGAGUCUGCAAAUUCAUUUUGCCACUCUUGUUUAUCUGUUUCAGUAGAACUUUGAUAACUCUUUCCUUUCCAAGAUCUAGCUCACAAUAGUCUUUAGAGUUCCACAGAUAUCAGAUUGGUCCUUAGUUCCAGUUACUCCAAAAUUUGAUUUUAGCAUAUUGUCCAAAAUAUAUAAUUGAGAAUGAUUUAUAGGAGAAGUAAAGAAGUAAAGGAAUUUCAUGAUACUUUAGAGAAUAAUGUAAAUCUCUUCAGAAAAUGAGAGAAAAGCCCAUUCCCACCACUUCUUUCUUCCUUAUUUAUUGUUUUCGGUGCUUCCAUUAGAUAAUGUACCAGAUAUUCAAACUGCACCAAAAUGCUUCCCUUCAUUAAGUGAUCUGAUCACAUGUCUUGACGCUUUCUGGGGAUAUUGCUUUGGCUGCCUUUGGGCAGAAAAUGUCAUUUAUAAAUAUUAAUAAGAUAAUAAAUAAGACCAAGAAUUCUGAGUGCAGCUUCUUAUAUUAGAAGGCAUCCACCUUAUUCAAACUGAUAAAUCCAUGGCUGUGAAGGCAGAAUCUCACUGAAUCACCAAUUACUCGAUCAUUCGUGAUAUUCUGCUGACAGUGUUAUUUAUUUUAUUAUGAGCAUCUAAUAAAAUUCUCAGGGUGGUUUACAAUAAAAUUCCGUAGAAAAUGCACUUUAAGCAAAAUAUUUAUAAAUAUGUGUAAAGCAAUAACUAAUACGCCUCUUUAAAGCUGAAGCAGCAUAAACAAUAGAAAAGCUCAUAAAGGAUUAAAAAUGGGGGGGAUUGCUUGGUCCCAAAACAAUGACGUUGGUGAGUUUCUCUUGGGAGAGCAUUUCAUAACCGAGGCACUACCCUGAAAAGUCACCCUCAGUGGUAGCCACCUGCAUUAUCUCAGAUGGCAGGACCAGCUGUAGAAGGUCUUAAGCUUCAGGAAGAUACAUAUGGAAACAAAUACUGCAUCAAAUAUUGUAGUCCUAAGCUGCAAAGGGCUAUAAAGUUCAAAACCAAUGCUUUGGAUUGUCCUGGAAAUGAACUUGGUACUAAGAAGUCAUCUGAACUCCCCAAACCAUCCUACUGUGCUGUCACCCAAACAUAUGCAACGUGGCAGCUUUGUAUGAUGCCACUACGCACCAAAAUAUUGACAGUGCUGCUGCAAGUGAAACCACAUGUCCCGGUGAUUCCAUCUUGUCCUUUAUUGCCAAUGAAAACAUGAGACCAGACCAUCCUGACUGCAGACAUUGGUCAUGUCUACAGUGACACAAGGCCAGACAGACAAUUAGCCUGUCUGCCCAAUUUUUACAUCUUUGUUAGUGGAGGAAGUCUUAAGGCUAGGUCCAGGAAUAAUUUCACAGGGUUUUUGCAUAGCAUGAACAGCAUCUUCUUUUCUAAGAAGGCAUUCUGUGGUGUCGCUUAGCCUGCCUCUCAAAUGUCUCUUUCCCUUGCUGGAGCCAUGCAUGCCUGCUUCUUUAGUAUGGAUUACAAAUACGUGCCUAUUGCUGAGUUCAGCAGUUGAUUCUUUUUGGCUUCCAUAUUUAUGCGCCUUUAUUAUAAUAUACCUCUGUGGAUGGAGAAGGAUCUAGCCUAUGCAUUAACAUAGGAAUCAAUGGCAGAUUUGAGCCUUAUGAAGUGUAAGCAAGCUAGACACUUGAGCUCCCACACCCAGCUGAUUUAGAUAGGGGAUCUUCUGGUUGCUCAGAAACAGGUGCCUUGUCAAUAUAGUUGCGCAUUGUUAGAAACAUAUUUGCUUCUGUUCCAUGUGAAAUUCAAUUUCUCCUUCUCCUGUCUCCUACCUUUGGGCUACAACUACUUCUAGAUGGUCACUAUUUUGUAGAAUGAAUUCAUCCAUAUACUGGCAAAUUUAGGUUGGUCAAUAAACAACAGACAUCGUUUAAGAGCCACACAAACUGUAAAAAUCAAAUCAGGAUGCAAGCUCAAUUAACAGGUAGUCUGUAUCAAGUAUAACACGGACAUUGCAGAUUGUUUGUUUUUAAGAAUCAGUUUUAGGUAGUAUGACAGAGCAAUUCUUUCUAUUGCAUCUAAUGGGUUUUAGGUAGAGUUUGCUUUCUGGGGUACUAUUGUAGCAUUUGCUGUAAAACAAUGGAGUCUCACGGAACCCCGUCUUCUGAGUUAACUUGGCAACAUCAUAUUCUGUUACUCCUUGGAAGUAACUAAGAACUUCCUGGCCAAUAUAUAGCGAACAUCCAUAUUUGCUACUCCAUAGAUACAAUUGGAAUUUAGAAUAAAGCUUCCCAUUGACUUUUGAAGUCAGGAUGUAUUAAGGGAAUUAACAUGUCUUACCGUACAUACACUGCUUCUGUACUUUCACUGCAAAGCAGUCUAUAAAUCUGCAAAAAAGUCACUUAAAGACUGUGCUAAGUAUUAAGCAGUAUAAAAAUAUCUGAAAUGAAAUUAAAAAUAAAUUUCAGUAAGAGAUUCCAUUGGAAACAUCUCAAAUUUCAAAGUUCAGAGACUACUGUGAGCAUAUACAGGAACAUCCAAGUGCAUUAUGAGGAACCUCCAGUCAGAAUUGCUUUCUUUAUUAUAUUUCUUCUACAGGAAUUUUUGGGACCAGUCGAGUAAAUUAGAGCCCAAAUACUUUCCUGUCAAUGCCUUAUUUUAAGUAGACUGGAACUCAUUUGGUACCUCCUUGAAUUAAUAUAAGGCUGACUGCAUGAAACCAGGCAUUUGAGAUUAAUUCCUUCAUUGCAAAUAUAUGGGAGAACAAUUUCUUAAAGGGCAGGCAUUUAAUGGAAUUUUAAUCUAAACAAAUUCAUAGAAGGAUGAAUUUUUUUCAUCUGUUCCAUUCAACAAACUUUAAUGUACAUGUCAUAUUUUAUAAUUGCCACUUUUCUGAAUUUUCUCACAAUCUUUAAUAAGCAAUUUCUAAUUCUUGCUAUUUCAUAGAAGCAAGACCAACCGUUCCCUCUAAAACCUAAAUCACAUUUUUUCAACACCUGGGAGCUCAAAAAAGAAAGAAAAAAGAGUGUUUUCCCCUCCUGCUCAUUUUCUCUUCUGUGAUAUUGACCAACCUUAAUACUUGUGCUCUUUCAGGCAAAAAACACAUGCAAACUCAUGCAUUGAUUGGAAGAGGAAAAAAGGUAAUGUCUGUCUGUGAGGUUUCAGAUAUAUCUGGAAUUGUUUUUGCUUGUUUAAGUGCUGUCACAGCUACCACAAUUUAGAAGCUUAAUAUAUGUGUUAUCUUGGCAAGCAGAGAAGGCAAUCCUAUCUCCCAAUGUUGAUGGUUUGGGGAUAGAAUACAAUAUUGCACAGGACUGCUUCCUGUGCCCAGGAAGAUUGAAAUUCCUCACUGACAGUAACAAACAAAUCUGAAACAGAACAGCUGGCAAGGUUUGAGAUGUGGUGAUGAGCCUGCUGUUCCUCUCCUCACUAUAACCCCACUUAGAAUAGCUCUGUUACCCAUUUUCUUACUUCAUCAUUAAGGCACAACAAAUAUCAUAGGAAUCAAAGAACAGGUUUACCUGGCUAUUCUAUUUUCCCCAUCAAAUUACAGUGAGAUUCAUGUGAAGUUAGGCUGUCUAUAAAGACAGCCAAUGAGUGAUGAAUUCUGACACCAUCAUCCUUUUGAUGGGUUGGAAAAUCUUCUUUGCUAAACUAGGAAAGUAUGGUGUGGGUGGGUGGUGUUUUUUUAAUAACCCAGGAAACUUGUGAUUUGCCACAACAACUCCAAUGCAAACAAAUAAGACAAGGAGGUUGGGGGAUGCUGUUCCCCCCACCCCUAAAUUACUAUUUGAAAAUCAUGCAUAGAAUUUACAGGGGGAAGUAGUGUUUUGUAUAGCACCACAAAAUGUAUGUCUGUUACUUUAUGCAUUCUUCUGACAUCAAAGAGCAGAGAUGCUUAAGCUCUCUUUGAAAACUGCAUGGCUAGCUUAUGCAGUAACUAGAUGUGAUAAGACUACUGUGUUGUUUUCUAAGACUAUAAUGUGUAGUUUGGACAUGUAGCUAGAAUCAGGGUUUAAGAGUUGUGGGCAUGCUGCUGGCUACCUGCAGUAUCAAGCAUUCCCAGGUUCCUUUUAACCUGGAUUUGCAACAACCACAACACCAAGAACACCUAGAGAGGCUGAUGUCUAGAGGGAGUUAUGAAAAAGCAUGCAUUAUUUUGCAAUUUGCUUUUAGUCCCUAAAUUCUAGUUCUUUUUAUGUCUGAACUAUAAGCCUAAGAAAAACACAGUGAAUAUUUUAUUUACUUGAGGCAAGCCUUACAGAGUCUCCAAGCAGGAGUCAUUUGCAUUGCUUAGACCUGUUGCAUAGAUCUGUUUUCUAGUGCACACGAUAAAUGAAAUUUGCCACUGCAAAGUAUUUUUAAUUACCUCUUUUUUAUUUGAGCAAUCAAUGUGCUGUGACUGGGGGGGGGGGAAUCGAAACACAGGGCAAUUGCUGCAUGCUUAUAUAACUUUAGUUUUGUUAUGAUAUAACUUUUAUGAAUGCCUAUGCACUGUAAAUGCUUUAAUACUAGAAUACUGAAUGUUUUGUACCCCUUUUUUGUAAUUACGCUCUAUUUAUUGCAUGGUUCUUUUCAUGGUUCUGUUGUCCCCAUAAAGUACAACCAAGGAA